AUGAACGGUCGAAUUCGAACUCAAAAAAAAAUCUAUACGCCAACAACAAACGCACCUGAGCCUGAGUGUUUCUUAUGUCGAAUCAUAGAUAGUGGAGAAUAUGUCAUCGUACAACGUUCAAGUAUGAAACGUAUUUAUGAUGAUUCAGCUGAAAUCAUGGUUUAUGGUCGAAGAACUGAAGCCAGAAUUGAACAUCGAGGUACACGUGAAGAAUGUCGACGUGUGUGGGGCAACAAAGAAGAAAUUCAUAAGUUGAAAGAUCGUGAUCCACAAUAUGAUUCUGAUAUUGAAGAAGAUGUAGAUUUAAACGAGUAUGAUGAAGAACCAACAGAAACUCUUACUUGCUAUUCAACAUCAAAAACUUCUACAAAAACAUUUGCACCACAAAGAAAACGUACUUUAGUUGAAUCAAGUAUAACAAUGAAUAGUCGUUCAUCAAUAUCACCCAAAAAAACAAAACACAAUGAUUUCGAAAAAGAAAUUCAAGUCUUACCUAAUGAUAUUCUGAACGACGAAGAAAAUAAUAAGCGAUGUUUAACAGCUUCAUCAACGUCUAGUAUUAUUCAACAUAUAGAUACUCUAUUCAGUUCAGUUCGACGAGAAAACGAAAAACAAUUUAAGGAAUUAUCAAAAAAAAUUGAUCGUAAACAUAAUAUUGAUAGUAUUGAUCUUUCAGCUUUUCGUGAACCAGGCAAUGAUCAACCGCGCGAUGAUGUUGUGCAUGAUAAUGUUAAUUUGCUGCGUAUUCGAGGAAAAAAUGUCGGUGAUUAUGGUCGACAAGUACUUCAUUGUCUUUAUUCACGUGAAGAAUUAUUGGUUUCAAUUUUGCCUCCUGGUGGUACUCAAUAUUCUCGAAAACCAUUAGACAUCGUAAGAUUUGAAAAAUUUCAUGAUGCUAUGCGUGGUAAAUAUCGUAUUGCUGAUCAUUACUAUGACGAAUUUUACAACAAAUUGGUUCGACCUAAAUUAGUCGACUUUUUGUCAGAUGAACGUAAGAGAGAACGCCAGAAACAAUCAACAAAUUCUCUCUCAUCACAAUCAUCAUCUCCAGAUCAUAAUUUAUCCUUUUAA